AUGAGUUUAGCACUUCAAAGCUCAGACUCUAGGUCCCAGCUGGUGCUGAAGAGUGCCAUCAUGGCCUGGAACACAGAUUUGCCCAUCAUUUGUUCUCCUUUUGAAUCAACAUUUAACAUUGCCAAAUUAAUGGAGUCCCAGAGAAACAAUUGUGCUUUGGUAAAAGACUUUGGCCGUAAUAAAAUCAUCGGGAUUUUCACUGCAAAGGAUUUGGCGUUCAAGGUCGUAUCUAAGGGCCUUCAUCCAAAAUUUCUCAAGGCAAAAGAUAUAAUGACCCCUAAUCCGAUAUGCGCCACUGUCGAUGAACCUGCUUCAUCAGCUUUGAAUAAGAUGAUCAGAUACAAGAUUAGGCACUUACCGGUACUUAAUGCUCAGGGAGAAUGUAUUGGGUUGUUGGACAUAACAAAAUGUUUUGAUCAAACUUUAUCAAGGCUCCGAAAGCUUCAUGAAAGUUCCAAACAGUUGAACGAGGCAUUGAUGGAAGUCCAGGAAAACAUUGCAAACAUGGCUCACGAUAAUGGUAAUGUUGAUAAGCAUUCGGCGAUGUACUACCAAGCCCAAGAUAUGGUAUUGAAGGCUAAGAAUAAUAUAAAUAGUCUAUAUCAGAAUAAUCUUGCAUUAACUGGUGAUACCUCAGGCGAUUUUGAAGAUUUUGAAAUGCUAUUGAACUUAAUGGAGUCUCCCACUUUAAAGGAUGUAUUGAAUUUACCAAAUCAACCUCAAACAUUAUUCAUUGAUGCCAAUAAUACAAUUAGAAAUGCCUCUGACAUAAUGAAAAAGAAUAAUACCACUGCAGUUUUAGUUCGUGACACCACCACUAGUGCGAAAAGUGUUAUUGGGAUCUUGACAACCAAAGAUAUUGUUUAUAGAGUGUUGGCUCAAGAUAAUGAACCGGAUUUCACUAUUAUUUCUCGUGUUAUGACACCAAGUCCAGAGUUUGGUGAUGAAAAUAUGGGUAUCGUGGAAGCAUUUGAACUUAUGUUUAAAGGCAAGUUUUUGAACUUACCAGUAACAAACGAGAUGCAGAAUGUUAGUGGUAUAGUUAGUGUUAUGCAGUUGACUAGUAUGGCACUUUCUCAAUUGCACAAAGGUAUGAUGUCAAGUGGUGUUGAUGGUAUUGAUAGCGGGGAAUAUCUAGAAAAUCCUUUUUUCAGCUCACCCCUUUCUGAUUCAAAAUGGGACAACUUUUGGGGGGCUAUUGACUCUCCUGGUCGCAAUUUUGAAGAUGAAACAUUGAAAUCAGAUUAUAGUAUUAGAUCAAGUGGGCCUGCUAUACGGUCAACAAAAUCCACAAUCCAUAGCACUAAGAAAAAAAGUGUUCAAUCACCAAGAUUGCUUCCCCCAAGUCAAAGUGUCAGAUCCUUUAAUGGCACUGCUAUUAGCAACUUGGAAUCACCAAUCAAGAGCAUUGGAUAUUAUCAAGAUGACAUGGACGCUCAUUCCGAACCUUCCUCAGAAAUUCUGCCCGAGGAUUCUAUAUCAUGCUAUAUCCCGCCGGAAAGUGAAAUAAACUCUGUGGUUCUGUAUGCUAGUGAAAUUCGAAAGCAACAAGGAUCAGCCCUUAUAAAAGCACAACAAAAGUCUUUUGGAUUCAAAAUAAAGGAUCUUGAUGAUAAUGAUAGGGUAUACAAGAUUAAAAUAAUGCUUCCGAAGUCAAAGAAUCUCCUUCCUCAUUUGAAAAAUGCAGUAGAAGAUAAAUUAGGUGAUAAUCAAAAUGAUUUCAACCUUAGUUAUGUUGAUGAAGAUGGUGAUAUGGUGACCAUUAUGCAUGAGGAGGAUUUGAAAACAUGUAUGGAAAUCUCUAGAUUAGAAAAGAAGGCGAGUGUAGUGAUUUGUUUAAGCAGAAAACAAUCACAGGAUGAAGAAUUGUCGAUAUUGAAGGAUAUCGCAGUGCUAAAGUCAAAGAUGGACUCUACUGAUGAUGAAACUGUUAGGGAAACUACCUCUGGUGUAGCUGACCUUCUAUUAAAACCUGAAGUCUUGAUCUCUGGCGCACUACUUACCAUGUCUUUGGGUAUUCUCCUUGGAGUGACAUUAUCCAGGCAACGGUAA